AACAACCGGCCUCAGGACGCUCGCCGUACGCGUGCGCAGUGGGCCGCAGGGCCGCCAUGCCGGAACCGCGCGGAUCUUCUCCCUUGCGGGUAAACGCUGCGUUUGCUGCGCGGUACAGCCGCUACCGGGAACGCGAGGAGCUGCAACGGCUGAAAGAUCGAUACCGGGACCGAAACGGCGGAGAGGACUCCAGCUCCGAGUCUGACUCCAGUGACGAGCGGGUGGAAUUCGACCCUCAGCAGGAACGAGACUUUUACAGGACACUCUCCCUGUUGAAGAAGAAGGAUCCUUGCAUUUAUCAGAAAGAUGCUACCUUCUACGAGAGAACAGCAACACCCUCGGAGAGUGAGGAGGAGCUGGCAGCCAAGAAGCAAAAGAAGGUGCGACCCAUGUACCUGAAGGACUAUGAGAGGAAGGUUAUCCUGGAGAAAGAAGGCAAAUACGUUGACGAGGAGAGUUCAGACGGGGAGACCUCCAAUGAGAGACUUCAGGUCUCAUCGAACAGUUACGUGGAAGAACAGCAACAGCUCAAGGAAAGCUUCCGAGCAUUCGUCGAGGACAGUGAAGAUGAGGAUAGCGCUGGGGAAGGUAGUUCCGGGUUGCUGCAGAAACGCACUAAAAACAAGGAGGAGGAGGCCCAGGAGGAUGCUGACUACAUUGAAUGGCUGAAGGGGCAGAAGGAGAUUCAGAAUCCUGAGACCCUGCGAGACUUGACUCACCUUAAGGAAUAUUGGAACAACCCAGAAUUGGAUGAGGGAGAGCAGUUCCUGCGGGAUUAUAUUCUCAGCAAGCGUUAUGAGGAAGAGGGAGAUGAGGAGGAGGAAGAAGAGGAGGAGGAGGAAGAGGAAAGGGUCCCAGGCCCCCUGGUCCAGCUGUCUGUAGACGACUCCUCAGAUGAAGGGGAGCUGUUUCUGAAGAAGCAGGAGGAAUUUGAGCAAAAGUACAAUUUCCGCUUCGAGGAGCCAGACUCAGCCUUGGUCAAGACCUACCCUCGGUGCAUUGCAUCCUCCGUACGCCGCAAGGACGAGCGCAGGAAGGAGAAGAGGGAGGAGAUGCGGGAGCGAAAGAGGAGGGAGAAAGCAAAAAAGCAGGAGGAACUUAAGCAGCUGAAGAACCUGAAGAGGAAGGAGAUUCUGGCCAAGCUGCAGAAGCUGAGGCAGGUCACAGGCAAUGAAACAGUGGGCUUUGAGGAACAGGACCUUGAGGACGACUUUGACCCUACACGGCAUGACCAGCUCAUGCAGAGAUGCUUCGGGGACGAGUACUACGGCACGAUGGAGGAGGAGAAGCCACGAUUUGAGGAAGAGGAAGGGCUUGAAGAUGACUGGAACUGGGACACGUGGACUGGGCUGGAGCACAGUGGGGACUGGAGCCAGCAGGAGCUGCAUUGUGAGGACCCAGACUUCAAUAUGGAUGCUGACUAUGAUCCCAGCCAGCCUCAGAAGAGGAAGCGUGAGGCCCCCUUAAUGGGCAAAAGGAAGCGCAAGUCGCCUUUCGCUGCAGCUGUGGGGCAGGAGAAGCCUGUGUACAACCCCGGGGACAAGACUUUCGAGGAGUACCUGGAUGAGUAUUACCGGCUGGACUACGAGGACAUCAUCGACGACCUACCCUGUCGAUUCAAGUACCGCACCGUGGUGCCUUGUGACUUUGGGCUCAGCACUGAAGAGAUCCUUGCUGCUGACGACAAGGAGCUGAACCGGUGGUGCUCCCUGAAGAAGACCUGCAUGUACAGGUCGGAGCAGGAGGAGCUGCAGGACAAGAGGGCGUAUAGCCAGAAGGCCCAGAACUCAUGGAAAAAGAGGCAGAUCUUCAAAUCGCUCUGCCCAGAGGAGAUAGAGACACCCACAGAAGCCACAAGGAAGCCACAGAAAGACAAAGCUGGCCCACAGGGGCAGCUGCUGUCACCUGAUGGGGCCUGCAGGAAGCAGCCCCAGCCUGAGAGCCCCCCAGCACAGAAAGAGGCCUCUGUGUUGCCUGCCGAGAAGCCAGCCCCCCAGAGGCGGAGGAGGGGCAAGAAGGCUCGUCUCCUGGGCCCCACAGUGAAGCUUGGAGGACAGGAGUUCAGCCACCAGAGACUGCAGGCCUUCGGUCUCAAUCCAAAACGGCUGCACUUCCGCCUGCUGGGCUGGCAACAGAGGAAGCAGCGGAGGCCCAAGAGCGGCCCUUGAGCUUGAUGCAGUAGGCAAGGGCCUGCGUGUUCCUGUCCUUCAAUCAAGCCUCUGGAUGCAUUCCUCCUGUUAACUGUAUAGACCCACAUCUC